AUGUAUAAAGAGCCCGCAACUCAACGAAAAAGGCGCCUUGAACGAGCUCGUAUAAAUUAUCAAGAAAAGAAGGCCAACGAGGGCUCAGAAGCUAAACGGGCAAGAUUAGAUAAAAAUCGCCAAGCAAAAAAAAAAUUAAGAGCUGAAGAAACGCCAUCAAUGAAAAAUAAACGCCUUCUACAACAACGCGAGUUGGUUUUAUUUGUUUCCUUGCGGCAAAAAUGGACUCAAAGAGACCCGAGAAGUGACUAUCACUCCGCUAGAUUAUUUCCAAAGUAG